UGAACACAGAUGAGACCUUCACUGGAUCAGAUUGUUUAGACUUGCCUUUGCAACCAAGUCUUACUCUUUUCAUUAAAUUUAAGUUCAUUUAAAUCUCUCUCUCUCUCUCUCUCUCUUCCAUGCUGCCGGUCCAUCUUCAGCACGAAAAUUUGGUCGAAAAGUAUGGCGGCCGCAGGAGGAGCAAGCAACACCCGUUCUUUGCAGUAUACCCCCACUUGGGCUCUUGCAACUGUCUGUUUCAUAUUCAUCUUUUUAGGCCUAUUUGUUGAACACUCGAUCCAUCUCCUAGGUCAUUGGCUAAAAAAGCAUAAGAAGACUGCUCUUUAUGAAGCUGUAGAAAAGCUCAAGUCAGUUUUGAUGCUUUUGGGAUUUAUGUCACUAAUAUUGACAGCGACUUCAAGAUCUAUAUCAAAAAUAUGUAUUCCGAAUAAGGUAGCAUAUUCCAUGCUUCCAUGCCGAAAAGGUACACAAACAAAAACUAUCAAGGCUUUAGAGCACAUAUGGGUCUCCUUUCAUAAUGCAGUUUCAGGAGGAGAAUAUAAGAAUGAUUUUAUAUCUCGUCAAGAAAGAGAAUUGGCUGCAGACACUGCUUAUUCUCCCGACCACUGUGGCUCUAAGGGAAUGACUUCUUUCAUGUCAGAACAAGGAAUAAAUGAGCUCAAUAUUUUCAUAUUUGUGCUAGCAGCUAUGCAGAUUGUGUACAGCCUUGUCACAAUGGGUUUGGGAAGAGCCAAGAUGAAGCGUUGGAAAGCUUGGGAGAGAGAGACGCAAACAGUCGAAUAUAUGGCUGCCAAUGAAUUAAGUAGUCUAUUUAUGGACUGGAAUUUUGGCUUAACUUUCAUGUGUUUGAUGCAGAAUGCAUUUGAAUUCGCAUUCUUCAUAUGGGUUACGUGGCAAUUUGGGAUUAAAUCUUGCUACCACGAAAACGUGGAGAUUAUUGUUAUCAGGGUGGUAUUAGCGGUUAUGGUUCAAGUCCUUUGCAGCUACAUAACACUUCCUCUCUAUGCACUUGUCACUCAGAUGGGUUCUCAAUAUAAGAUUGCAAUACUGGAACAACACACAGUCCAUGCAAUUAAACAAUGGCAUGCAGACGUGAAGCAAAAGAUGAAGAAACAACCCUACUCACAGUCUCGACAAGAUGACUCCACCACGACGUGGAGCAACAGCAGAACUCCUUCCCCGAAUGUCUCGUACCAUCAAAGAAUGCCAACUCUUGCAGAAUUCACUUCUCGUAGUCGAGGUCAUCACGAGAUCACUGAAGAACAUCAAGAGCAGGAAGAUCAAAAUGAAGUAGAUGGGCACGAUGAAAUUUCCAUUUCACCCAAUGAGGUGGAAAUACAAGAUGAAUUUAUGCAAAACCGUCUUGACUGAUAAGCUCAUUUACUCUAUUCAUUUGUAUGCGUAUUUUUUGAAUAUCAAUCUAAAUAGGUCUGGUCUAAAACGACAAAGAAGGAGGUUGAUUAAUUGUGUAAUUCAAUUUUUAUUUCAAUAGUCUGAGGUUUAAAUUUGGGGUCUCCUUAAUUUAUUGAAAGCGCUGUAAUUCAACGAGUAACUCAUAUGCAAUCACACGAUUCAAGUAUAAUAGUUAGCUUUCUGCUUUUUGGAAA